AAAGGCACACCUACAAGGAAAAAAUUCAAGAGAAAAUGAAGGUUCCUUGAACCUACUACUUUCCUAACCAAAGUCUCUGAACAAGUUCGAGUUCUUACUCGGUCACAUGACAUCAUUAACAACCGCGUUUCCGUUUAUAUAAACUUACCCAUCCUUCUCUUUCAGCUUCUUGAAUCCAAAAUUCUUCUUCUUCUUUUGUCAGCUGCAUCAAUAGAAUUAGAAAGCUUAUGAAAGAAAUGUUUCUAUUUAGAUCAAUUUUCUGUUUGUUCUUCUUCUUCUCAACUUGCUUGCUUCUCUUUUCUUCAGCCAAUGGUAUUCGAUCUUUCAAGAUCAGAGAUAACAAUGGCCAUGAAAAUAAUGAGUUCAAAGAUGCUUCCUUUUUGCAAUUUAAAGAGGCGCCAGAAUACAGAAACCAGCAAAGUUGCACUGUUUUUGAUGAAAGAAACAAUUUGCAAGAAUUGUUAUGUGAACCAUCACUUGUUCAUAUUGCAAUGACCCUUGACCUUGAAUACCUUAGAGGUUCUCUGGCUGCGGUUCAUUCUGUUGUCAAACACACUUCUUGUCCUGAGAAUCUCUUCUUCCAUUUCAUCAUUUCAUCUGAAUCUGAUGCUGACUUUGCAAGUAUUGUUCAAUCUUCUUUUCCUUCACUGAAAUUCAAAGUGUACGUGUUCAAUGUAAGGUUAGUCAAUGCUCUCAUAUCACCUUCAAUAAGGGAAGCACUUGAGAAUCCUUUGAACUAUGCAAGGAGUUACCUUGCUGAUUUGCUUGAUCAAGGUGUUGAGAGAGUAAUCUACUUGGAUUCUGAUGUCAUAGUUGUUGAUGACAUCCAAAAGCUUUGGAAGGUUUCUCUGAAAGAUUCAAGUUCAAAAGUCAUUGGUGCUCCUGAAUAUUGUCAUGCAAAUUUCACAAGAUACUUCUCCUAUGAGUUUUGGUCAAGUUCAGAGUUCCUUAAGAUCUUUGAAGGGAAGAAGAAAAGGCCUUGUUAUUUCAACACUGGGGUUAUGGUAAUGGACUUGGGUAAAUGGAGAAAAGGUGAAUACACCAAGAGGAUUGAGAAAUGGAUGAAAGUUCAGAAGGAAAGAAGGAUCUAUGAGUUGGGUUCACUACCUCCAUUCUUGCUUGUUUUUGGUGGUGAUGUUGAGCCUAUUGAACAUAGAUGGAAUCAACAUGGUCUUGGAGGGGAUAAUGUUGCUGACAGUUGCAGGAGUUUGCAUCCUGGUCCAGUUAGUUUGAUGCAUUGGAGUGGUAAAGGGAAGCCAUGGAAAAGGCUUGAUGCCAAGAAGCCAUGCCUUGUUGAUUAUCUGUGGAAACCUUAUGAUCUUUACUUACAGCAUGAUCAUCAUCAUCACCGCCAUAGAAUUGCCAAGAGAUUAGCAGAUUCUUGAAUUUUUUUUCAAAGGGAAUUUAGAAGAUUUGUAUUGGUUAGUUUGUAGAGUGACCAAGAUUCUUUGUUUUGUAUAGAUAGAAAACCAUAGAAAGAUUUUCAGUUAAUACAUUUUUGUUUACUGCUUUAAUAAAAACAUUUCAUAUGAUAUGGUAACAUGUUUGCUGUUUGGAUUU